UUGAGCUAGAGAAGAGCCAAAAUGGCGGCCGGCUCGAUCGGUUUCCUCUCGCAUUGCGUCCCAGGCAUCGUCUCUCCGGCACCUCGGCGCAGCGCGCACAGCAUUGGCGAGAAACAGGUUCUUGGCUUGAGAUUUAGCGCUAGUGCCGGAAUUCGCAGCAAGAAUCCGAGGAGAAUCGCUAGAAAUAUCGUGUGUAGCAGCGUUAGAAAGCUUUCGGAGGUAGAGAGCUCGAGCAUCGUUCCGGAAGAGCUUAGCAAGAUCCCUGCCGCGCAAGGAGUCUAUGCGAUCUAUGACAAGCAAGGCGAGCUCCAGUUCGUAGGGAUGUCUAGGAGGAUUUCUACGAGUGUCCAGGGCCAUGCCAGGGAUUUGCCAGAGCUCUGUGGCGCUGUCAAGGUGGCUGUGGUGGAGAGCGCGAAUAGAGAAGAACUUAAGCAGGCAUGGCAAGCUUGGGUGGAAGAGCACAUCAAAGCUACUGGCAGUGUUCCCAGUGGAAACUCUCCCGGGAACACCACCUGGACUGCAAAGAAGAAAGCCAAGAACGAUCUAAAGAUGAAGCCAUCGCGGGACAAGGAGCUGACCAUCACGCUCGAGGAGCUCAUCGGCAUCGUCGUCAAGACCCACAACGUCGUCGCCUUCAUCAAAGGCUCCAGGACCGCUCCACAGUGUGGCUUCUCUCACCGGGUGCUCACCAUCCUCGAGCAGCAAGGCGUGGACUAUGAGACAGUGAACGUUUUGGACGAAGAACACAACUCUGGUGUGAGAGAAGCCAUCAAGUCUUACAGCCAGUGGCCGACGAUCCCGCAAGUCUUCGUCAAGGGUGAAUUUGUUGGUGGAGCUGACGUGAUGAGCGAACUGGCCGAAAGUGGAGAGAUUUCCAAGCUCUUUGCUCCACUAAAGAAGUGAUGAGACGAGCAGUCCACAGGUAGCUCACUUUUUACAACCAAGCAAAGCAAGCUCGAGAUGGACCCUCGGAUGGA